AUGGCCUACGAAAAACCAGCAGAUAUCUUUGAUAUCUCCAGGUCGAUGUUCAAGUACCCAUGGCUGGAAUACCCAGAAAGGACCAAAGAACUCAGAAAAGUCAUGGCUCCUGUUCACCUGCCCUUGUCCUGCUACCAGAUGCCAAAGGAAGAGUUUCCCCCCAGCCCAGAGUGCUGGAGGCAGCACCCGAGCAAGCCACAUUCAGUGCCUUAUUGCUACUUCAAGAAGCCUGAGAUCUACACACACUGGCACACUCUGUAUGAUCAGCGACAGGAACGGGAAGCCCAGAAAAUGUUGCGGAAAAUGAGAGAUCACCCUAGGCAACUCAAAGAGGGCACGCCCAUCCAAAAAUUCCAUCUCCCUAUGAGCAAGCUGACUGUAAAAUCUCGGACAGGAUCCAAGCCCUCAGACCCUACUGGGAACCCCCUGAAGUGGCAAAGAUUAAAGGAACUCACAAAAAGCCUGGAAUCUCCCAGAGAGCAGGAGCAGUUCUAUGCAGCACAGGCUCUGGGAUGCCUGGGCGUGAGUGACAAGCUUGUCAUGGAGGGACUAUGGCAGGUGGCUCAUACUGGUCCAGAGAAAGUGAAGUAUGAGGCCUGUCGAAGCCUGGCCAUGCUGGGUUGCCUGCAGAAGCACGUGAUCCAGGUUCUCAUCACACAGCUGAAGGGGCAAAAUGAGGGGCGAAUGAUGGAUUCUCUGACAGGGCUACGAGCGGCUCUGAACUCCUGGGCUGCUGUCCCCAAAGACAAGAGAACUCAAGUCGGGGAUGAAGAGAAGUUGGUACCUGUGUUGCAGAUGCUGAUAAAUAAGUCAUCGAACAAAGCAGCUGUGGAGGCAGCCCUGUGCUUGGGUUUCCUGAGGCCCUGCAGCAACACAGCCCAGGAGUUCUUGCUGCACUGCCUGAGCCAAGGGUCUAAAACGCAGCAGAUGAAGGCACUCAGGAUGCUGGUCAAGAUGAUGCACGUACACACGGCCACAGUCACCAAGGCCAUCCUAGACCAGCUGUGCUGUUCUCGUGUCCUCGAGCACCGCUUUGAAGCCACCCAGAUGCUCAAGACCGUUGGGCUGGAAAAGAUCCAGGCGCAAGGGCUGGAGGGAUUCACAUUUAACCUGCUCUGGAGGAAGACGUAUAAUGAACCUUUCCUUGCUAUGAGGCAGGCUGUGGCUGAAAUCGUGGAAGAGCUCAAGAUGAAGCCUACAAUGAUGAAUUUGGUGGAGGCGCAACUGAUGAACUCAAAUGCCACUGCACGCCAGGAGGCAGUCAUCUCUUUGGGCGUCCUGGGGAUCCGCAGCCCACAAGUGUACCACUUGCUCCUGGACAUGCUAGACACAGAAAAGAGCCAGGCAGUGAAGAAAAGUCUUCAAGAAACAUUAACUCUCUUGGCCUCAGUUGAUCCCUGGAUCCAAAACAAGCUGAAGAACAAGGUUCUCUGUGAAUAUGAGGCACUUAAGACUAAUGAAGAGGAAGGGCCUACGAGGUUUCAGAAAGAGCCUGAGAACCCAGAAGAGUUAACUAUCCAAGACUUCCGACUUGCACAGCUGAACCCCUUGUUUAUUGCGAAGUCCAGAGCCACACCAGACCAACAGAAAAAGUUGAGAGCCCAGAAAGGCUCUGCCUUCCCACCCUGUAUCUCCAAACCAAAACACAGGGCACCAGCCACAGGGCCCUGGAUACCAAAGAUCAGGAAGCAGCUCCGGAUCCUUGCUAAAACCUCCCAAUAG